AUGGAGGUUAUGAAGAUCCUGACCAACAUGGCAGAUUUAGACAACAUGUUCUACUCCAACAACAGCUACAGAGCCUGGAUAGGACUUCAUGCUGACAACUGGAGGUGGUCACUGUCAAACACACGUUUGUACAAACCCGGGGAGAUGGAGUUCAGACGAUGGAGGGUUGGACAACCAAACAUUGAAGACAGUGAUAAAGCCUGCACAGGGAUGUAUCCUGAUGGUGACUGGUAUGACUACGAUUGUGACAGCUCGUGGUAUUCAGUCUGCGCAGAUAUCAAAGGGUCAAAUGUGACUUUUGUCAUCGUCCCCACCUACAUGACAUGGCCUGAAGCCCAGAGCUACUGCAGAGCUCACUACACAGACCUGGCCAGUGUGAGAAACAUGGCAGACAACCAGAAGGUGCUUGAGUUGGCUGGAGGAAACUGGGUCUGGAUCGGCCUUUUCAGAGACUCCAUGAAGUGGUCAGAUGGAAGUAACUCCUCAUUCAGCUUCUGGAAGAACAGGCAACCUGACAACAACAACGGGAACGAGACUUGUGUGGCUGCAGACUUCAGCCAAUCAGGAGCCUGGGAGGACUGGCCCUGUGACAUGGAGAGAGCGUUCAUUUGCUACGGUCCAGGUGAGCGCUAA